CGUCCCAACCUCGUCACUAAGCGGAUGCUGAGAACAAGGCGCAGUUGCCAGGCAACAGCCGAGUGCAGACGCCUGGAGGGACGCAGAAGCCUCAUAACCUGAUGGAGGGACCCACCAAGAAGGAGCAGCGGGCGAUAGACCCCGGUGGCGUGAAGGAGAAGAAGGGAAAUGUGGAAGAGGGGGCGGGAGAAGAAAAGAUAGAAGAGGAGGAGGUGGAAGACGAGGAGGAAAUCACCGCCGAAACCCUGCGGGGCAAACCCCGAUCUCUGCCCAUCUCAGCGUUACCAGCUUUCAGCUACAUCCCGCCACGGCACCAGGGCCCCAAGGAGCGCAGCUACUUUGGUCGCGAGGGCCAGACAGGAAUUGUCUCCCUCUAUGACUGUGUUUUUAAGAGGAGACUAGAUUAUAACCAGAAAUUACAUAGAGAUGACAGAGAACAUGCAAAGAACCUGGGGCUUCAUAUUAGCGAGGAGGAACAGGAAAGGGUUGUGCCAGUGCUGAUGUCCUCUGUCUAUGGGAAACGCAUCAGUCAGCCCAUUGAGCCCCUAAACAGAGACUAUGGCCAUGUGAACCACGUGCAGACCGACUUCUACAGGAAGAAUGAUAUCCCCAGCCUCAAGGAGCCUGGCUUUGGGCACAUCAAUCCAGCCUGAAGCAGACGUGUGGUUUAUAGGGCACUCUGAGGUACCCUGUCAGCAAGCGAGGCAGUAUAUGAACCCAUUUUUCUGUCCAUGUCACCUGUAGCUGUAAGAAUGUUCUUUGACUGCAGAAGGAUAAACACACAGCUCUCUAAGAUGGUCCUGGCUCAGAGCCUGGAGAAGCACCUUUACUCGUGUUGAAAGCUUUAGUGUAAGGAUUUUUACUGGACUUAUUUAUAAUGAUACUGACUGAUUCAUUCUGAGACCUGAAUAAAAGAAAAGCCUGCCUCCA